AUGCUCCUUGUCCAGGCCGCACCAGUCGCCCGUCCUGAUGUCCCUCUCCUUACGGUCAUACUCCUCUACAGCACCUUCAUCUCCCUACUCAUGAUGUACAGCCUAAUGUUUCCGUAUCAUUAUCACCGGACGCUGCGCAUACUACGCAAGCUUACACCAAAGGAGAUAGCCCGACUGUUACGGACAUGUGUAGCCUUUGCCCUCUGGACACUGUGGAUAUUCAUACGCGCCAUCCACGUUGAACUUGCGCCUGAAGCUAGAGGCCAACAGGAGGACGAGCCCGGAGGACGGGGGCGCGGAUCCCGCGACAUUGGAGAUGACGAACCGUAG